GGUUUGGAUGGAUUGCUGGGGGUUGAAGGAAAUGAAGGAGAUAAUGGUGAUAUUGGUUACAGAGGAACCCCUGGGAGGCCUGGUCUACCAGGGAAGAUGGGUCAAAGUGGACAACCUGGAUUGAGUGGUGGUCACGGAGCACCAGGGUCAAAGGGUCAUCUUGGAUCAAAAGGAAAACGAGGACCUGAAGGGCCAAUGGGGCCAAGGGGUAUUCCAGGGUUUGGAGGAGCAAAGGGGAAGUUUGGCCAGCAUGGAUCAAAGGGUCAGGAAGGCGGCAGAGGCCUGCAGGGACAUAUUGGACCACGAGGAAUCAAAGGGAAUUCAGGACUGCAGGGGAAUAAAGGGCGGCUCGGCCCAAAAGGCAUACAGGGAGACAUUGGUCCUCGUGGUCCACCUGGGAAAAAGGGCUUCCCUGGUCUACCUGGUCUCUUUGGAAAUAGGGGAAUGAAGGGGAUACAAGGAAUGCCUGGAGUUAAGGGACUGAAAGGUGUGCGUGGACAACCAGGAAAACCAGGUCCUCCUGGCCAUCCAAGAAACAGGCAACCUGGAGCCCUUGGUAAAAGAAGAGGAUUCAAAAAACAAACUCGGGCCAUGACCAGGAGAACGCUUACCUCACUGCCUGACCAGAACCCAAGCAGCUCCAUCAGCUGGCCUCAGGGCAGCAAAGACAGCCCUGCAACCACCUGCCACGAGCUGGGGCUGAUUCGUCCACACCUGCAGGAUGGACACUUCUACAUGGACCCUAACCAGGGCUGCCCAUUUGAUGCCGUGCAAGUCUUCUGUAACUUCACUGCAGGAGGGAUGACCUGUAUACCUCCUGUCCAGUCACAGAUAAUAGGAAAAUGGGAACCAGAAAAAAACAUGUCAAAAAAGUAUAUCCAGUGGUUUAGCCAGCUUGAUGGUGGCUAUAAGUCGGAGUAUGCUGGUCUUGAUGUGGUCCAGCUCCGAUUUCUACGGUUACACAGCCACUCUGCCUCUCAGCACCUGACCAUCGCCUGCCCGUUUAACCACAAUAGUAGAGAAAUCAGGAAAAAUGCAACAAACAGGGUUCUUCACUUUCUGGGAGACUCUGGUGGGGAGAUUGGUUCAAGCUAUAUGACAGUAUCGAAGAAUGGUUGUGAAGUGGAGGUGGAGGUACGAGUGAGGGGAAGCACAGAAAUCCACAGAGGGGACAUGGAGCUGCUGCCCCUCAGGGAUGUUCGUAUGGAGGGAAGGGGAGACCACUGGGACACAGACCUCAGAGCUGUCCUGGGACCUUUGUGCUUUUUGUAGCCUUAGUUUAUCCAUAGAGAAGCAGCACGCUCUGACCAGUGUAUGGGUCAAGAACAUUUGGGUGCAAUUCCUCUUCAGGACAAAAGAAAGAGAUAUCAUCAUGUUGUGUGAUCGCUGUAGCAUUUGUGUAAUUGUGAUAAAAACUAGAGCUAUAUAAUAAAAUGUAGUUUUAGAGUUAUUUGUUAAUCUUAUCGUGUCUUUUAUAAAGAAAAAUAUAAAGCUGUUGUGUUCAUCUCCUGCAUUUCUAUUUUUUUGAAUGAUUCAUUUCUUAGUGAUGUACUGUGUAUAUAUAAUGCUUCAGAUGAGAUUCAUGUGGAUGUUGUAUUUAAUUGUUAAGAUUUUGUAAGUAUGUCUUUGCUAUUAUUUGAUGUCUUGUUUUUUAUUCCUGUCGACUAAUACCUGAAGUCUUGAUGAACACCAAUAUCUGGAUGGUCUAAACUUCAAAUUGUUAUAAAUUGAAAUGUUACUUCAGAUUACUUUACAAUAACUUGAGCACACAUUUUAUGGUUUAUACCUCAAAUGCAGUAAACAGUAGUACACCCUGUUGUCACAAAUGGAAUUAACCAAAAUAUGUGCAAUGAAUUAUAUAAAAUGGUUUUCUUAAGAUGAUGGAAAA